GCCUUGUCGCUGGCCGGCCAAGGGAGCGCAGGCGCAGUCCCCGACCCCCCUGUUUCCCCCCACCUCCCCCCCCACGCGACGGCGGUGCGCACGGCGAUGGCGGGCGGGCUCGGCUCGGGCCCGCGCAUUCGUGAGGGGGAUUGCGCUGUCCUGAAGCGGGAUGAUGUUUUCAAAGCGGUUCCCGUGCUACGGCGGAGAAAAAUAAUUUUUGAGAAGCAGUGGUUCUAUCUGGAUAAUGCCAUUGGACAUAUUUAUGGAACUACAUUUGAAGUAACCAGUGGUGGAAACCUUCAGCCAAAGCAAGAGUUGGAAGAGACUACCACAGAAACAAAAGAAGCAGGUACAGAUAAUCGUAACAUAGUUGACGAUGGAAAGUCUCAAAAACUGACUCAUGAUGACAUAAAGGCUUUGAAGGACAAGGGUAUUAAAGGACAGGAAAUAGUUCAACAGUUAAUAGAGAACAGUACAACAUUCAGAGACAAAACAGAAUUUGCUCAAGAUAAAUACAUAAAGAAGAAGAAAAAGAAAUAUGAGGCAGUUAUUACAAUUGUGAGACCGUCCACUCGCAUUCUUUCAACAAUGUAUUAUGCAAGGGAACCUGGAAAAAUCAACCACUUGCGAUAUGACACCCUAGCUCAGAUGUUGACUUUAGGAAACAUCCGUGCUGGCAACAAGAUGAUUGUAAUGGAAACAUGUGCAGGCCUUGUGCUGGGCGCGGUGAUGGAGCGAAUGGGAGGCUAUGGAUCCAUUAUUCAGAUGUAUCCAGGAGGGGGACCUGUUAGAGCUGCUACCAGUUGUUUUGGAUUUCCAAAACCUUUUUUCGAUAAUCUUCAUGAAUUUCCUCUCAGCAAAGUGGAUAGUCUCCUCUCUGGGACAUUUUCUACAGAGACUCUGCCUUCAGAACCUGAAGAUAACACGCUAGUGGAACAAGAAAGCAAUGGAUUGGGUGAUGAGAAGCAGACUUCCCUACAGGAAACAGAAGAGGAAUCUGCUACUGAAGCACCUAUGGAGAUCAACCAAACAGAAGAGCAAGAAACGAUGGACAUUAAUGCUGAAGAUGUAGACUUUAAAGAGAACAAAGAAAAAGAAAAGGAAAAUGUUCGGGAAAAGCAAAGAAAACAAUGGGAGAGAAGGAAAAAGCUAAUAGAAACUGCUGCUUUGUUGAGAGAGAAGAAUGCUGAUGGCUUAAUUGUAGCCAGCAAGUUUCAUCCCACUCCUUUAUUACUUUCUUUACUGGAAUUUGUUGCUCCUUCAAGGCCUUUUGUUGUCUACUGCCAGUAUAAAGAGCCAUUAUUAGAAUGUUACACAAAGCUGAGGGAACGAGGCGGUGUUAUUAACCUAAAGCUGUCUGAAACCUGGCUACGAAACUACCAGGUCUUACCGGAUCGAAGCCAUCCAAAGCUGACGAUGAGUGGAGGUGGAGGGUACCUUCUAUCUGGUACAACUGUUGUCUUGGAUAAGGGCAAAUCUGAUUCCAGUAAUUUAGAAGCGCUGAAUGAAGAGCCGUCAACUAAAAGAUGCAAAGUUCAAGACCUUCCUUGUUAACAUUUGAAGAAUUGCUUUGAUUUUUAGAUCUCAGGAGUCUUACUGUUAGUAAAACAACAAGUAUACUUUCUGUGCUCUUGACAGCACAGAAAUUGUACCUGUCACACACCUGUCAGCAAAAAGCAGCAGAACUGUGUGGUAGGAAGGAUUGUCUCACUCUGAACCAGUUUCCAUGAUCAGAAUAAGAAAAACCCUUGGAAGCAAAAAUCCCCCUGAAAACGCACUGACUUCAGAAGAAGAGGAAGCAUCAUUCUGAUUGCUUGUUGCCAGAAGUGGAUAUGACGAAGGCAUCUUUUUAAAGGUCGAGCCCAAAUCAAGACAUCUAACUUAGCUUCCCGUUCUCUCAGAGCAGCAUCAGGGUGAAACAUCCUACGUGGUGAUCUGCUCCUUAUUUGGACACCGAACCCAGCCACGUUUAGUAACGUGAGGAAGUGGAAUGAACUGCAAAAAUGCUACACUUUU